GUCAGUCUGUAGAUGAGAACCGUUCGUGACCGUUGGCGAUUGAUUCCACGAUUUGUCAGUGCUGUUCCGUGUGGUUCAUUCUUUCAAUUUUCCUGCUGCCGUGCAGUGAGAAGAAUUUUCCCCGGUGUAAAAAGCGUUCGUCGUUGCUAGUUUCGUAAAAGUACGCAGUGAUUCGAUGUAAAAAUCGGAUGAAAUCGUCCCCCGUUAUUGAAGAAAGAAAAAAAAAACGACAGGCUGCCUGUGAAUCCGAAGUGAGAUCGUCGUUGUAAUUUUCUCACGUUACGGUACCACCGUCGUCGUCAUCGCCGCUUGCCGCGGCGCGCGUGACACGCAUCCAUUCAGCCGAGUAGUGUAGGAGGACAGAACUAAAGUUAAAAGCAGAGAGCCGGAAGCCGGAGAGAACACACAAGUGCGUGAGCGAGCAGCUGAAGAAGAGCGAGAGAGUGCGAGAACGGUGUGAAGAAAAAAACACAGCACAGUGAGAGAAUCAAGGCGUGAAGCACAGUUCAAAAUCCGUGUGCACAGUUCCGUUCAAAGUGUGUUGAUGAGUAGAGUGAGUGAGCUGUGGUAGCCAGUCAAGUCAAAGAGUAUCGGUACAGAAAUAAAAGUGAAGGAAGGGAAAAAAAGGCACAGAAAAAUAGCUGCUGGAGGUGGCUGGUGGCUGGUUGCGCCUCGAAGAAACGGAGAAAAAAGUGCGUUUGGACCGAGCUAGAUCGCUACCGGUACUGUGAGUGGAAGCCCGGUCAAAGGUUGGUUGGAGAAAGUGAAAAGUGACGGCAUUUCGUGAAAAAUUUCGGGUGUACCACACCCCGAAAAUCCGAUUUAGGUGUGCUGAGUGAGGGAAAAAAAUCGGUGGUCGAUCUGUGCAGUAGCGCACCCCGGUUGGAGCAUCUGAGCUUGAGGAAGGAAUGGAAUCUACAUUCCGUGCGUGAAAAAUUGGCUGAGGAACACAACUACGACUACACACGGUUGUCGGCGGUCAUCGUUUUCUGCGGAGGCCUUUCGGAUCCAUAUCGUUGAAACUGCGCUUAGCUGGCCACAAAUCUCAUCAAAGAGAGCAAUUCUAACCAGAAUCUCUAAACGUCCAGAUUAGGCGGUAGCACCAGGGCUAAUAGACGCAGCUCCCUCUCGUUCCACUCUUCAAAUUACCCACUCGACGAAGAAGACGACGCCGCCGCUUUAGCCGGCCACGAAAGCGAAAGUGUUCAGCACGCAAUGCCGAUAUUGCCAAUGUUGCCCCGUAUAGAAGAACCGUGUAAGCUUCUCGAUUGAAGAUAAGUGAAUUGCGUGUGUGCCGGGUGUCUGUGUGUGUCUGUGAGUGUCGGUGUCGAUUUCGGUUCGUUUUUCUCCGGAAAAGAAAUAGAGAUGCCAACGGAAAUUGGUUCGACUCGGUGCGGUAGAAAAUAAAAUCCAAUCGAGGUAGGGCGAAAGUGAAAAUUUCCUCCGAAAGAGAGGCGGCCGCGGGUGAAAGAUCCGAUACUUUGCGCUUUGAAACAACAACGCAGUUGUUGAGUGUUUUAAUUAAAUACACGCAUGCACGUAUGCGAAACAAAGAGAGAAGAAGAAAAGUAGAUUGUGGAGAGCGAAAAGAGCGCGAGUUGUGCUAUACGACGAGUCACUAGAGUCAAAAAGUGCACCACAUGGGCGAAUGUUUAUCCGUUCCAUCAUCAAGUGAAGAUAAUCUUGCAGCAAAGAUUAGGGCCAAUUGAACGGGAGAUUGUGCGCGCAUUCGUGAUACAGUGUUGGUUUAGUUGGAUGUGAUUUUUCUCCGAGCUGAUUGCCACUUAACGACGAUCGCCGGUCAUCGCCGGGAUAUGAGCUGUGUGUCUUCUUAAUGCCUGCCGGCGGCACAUUUGCGGACGGGAAAAACAAAAGAGCCAUACUUGAGAGUAAUCAACUCGACUGAUUCGAUUAGGAGCGGGCAGCUGUGUGUGCUCUCUCUAUCUAGGUUCCCUGUUGGACGAACGCCUUCACUCCCGGAGGAAGGGCGUUUCGGGCAGGAAGUUUUGACAAAAAAGGUUCAUUACCUUGCGUUUGGUUUGGAGCGCGAGGAGUCGCGGGCGGAUUUUUUCGUGGGCGAAAUUCUAUCAACAAAAGGCCGCCAACCUGGAACUAAUGGAAUUAGAGAAUAUCGUGGCCAACACGGUCUACCUGAAGGCGCGAGAAGGAGGGUCCGACAGCAAUAAGGGAAAAAGCAAAAAAUGGCGCAAAAUCCUCCAGUUUCCACACAUAUCGCAAUGUAUAGAUCUCAAGAGCAAAAUAGAUGUAAGUUACGGUUACGUAGUUGAUCAGCAGCCAAUCGGACGGGAACUGUUCUUCCAGUUCUGCAAAGUUAAGCGACCGCAGUACUACCGUUAUAUCUGCUUUCUGGAAGAUACGACGAGGUAUGAAAUCGCACCGGACGAAGUCCGUAUCGAGCUAGCAUACAACGUGGCCAAGCGAUACCUGGGGCUGUGCACUGAAAGUCAAGCGACGGAGGACAGUGGAGGUGGAGGCGGCGACGGGGACGAUGGGAAGUGCGACGACGACAGUGGCAUCGGUGGCGACACCAAAAAGCUCAGCAAUCACGACGACCCGGCAGCGGAGAAGAAGAGCCUGGCCGGAUCGAACUCGUUGACCAACAAUGCGGUAGCCAAAGCCACGAUCCCCAGUGCCAACAACAGCACCACCAACGCCAUCAAAAAGUGCUCCGGCGGGGCUGUGGCCGACGAUGACUAUAGCGAUGACUGUGUUCUAGAUAUCCUGAACGACGACAUCGUGGCGCAGGUUCGGAGUAGACUGUUGAAUAGCAGUAGGGAGCUGUUCGAGGGAUCCGUGACGGCGGUGAAAACAUUCCUGCAGGGAGAACCGUUCCGGGAAUUCGAAUCGUCGAUGUAUUUUCACAGAUACUUACAGUGGAAGUGGUUGGAGGCACAGCCGGUUACUUACAAAACAUUUCGCAUGUACCGGGUUUUGGGCAAAGGUGGCUUCGGCGAAGUCUGCGCAUGUCAGGUACGGGCGACCGGCAAGAUGUACGCCUGCAAGAAGCUCGAAAAGAAGCGCAUCAAAAAGCGGAAAGGCGAAUCGAUGGUGCUGAUAGAGAAGACGAUUCUGCAGAAAAUCAACUCCCGCUUCGUGGUGAACCUGGCGUACGCGUACGAAACCAAGGACGCCCUCUGUCUGGUGCUAACAAUCAUGAAUGGUGGCGAUCUCAAAUUUCACAUCUACAACAUGGGCGGCGAUCCGGGCUUCGAGCUGAACCGGGCGCGGUUUUACGCCGCCGAAGUGGUCUGCGGGUUGGAACAUCUGCACCAGAUGGGAAUCGUCUAUCGGGACUGCAAGCCGGAAAAUAUCCUACUAGACGACACUGGUCACGUGCGGAUAUCGGAUCUCGGACUGGCAGUCGACAUUCCCGAGGGGGAAAUGGUUAGGGGGAGAGUCGGCACAGUCGGCUACAUGGCUCCCGAAGUCAUCGAUAACGAAAAGUACGCCUUUUCGCCGGAUUGGUUCAGCUUCGGGUGCUUGCUGUACGAGAUGAUCGAGGGACAGGCUCCGUUCCGGGCGCGGAAGGAGAAAGUGAAACGAGAGGAAGUCGACCGUCGGGUCAAGGAAGACGUGGAAAAGUAUUCCCACAAAUUCAGCGAGGAUGCCAAAUCCCUGUGCCAACAGUUACUCAUGAAGGCGGUCAAAAACCGGCUUGGUUGCCGGAAUGGCCGUGCCGGUGCUCGCGAGGUCAAAAAGAACGGCUUUUUCAACAGUAUUAAUUGGAAGCGGCUGGAUGCGGGUGUGGUGGAACCGCCGUUCGUGCCAGAUCCCCAUGCGGUUUAUGCCAAAGACGUGCUCGACAUCGAGCAAUUCUCGACGGUUAAGGGUGUGAAUCUGGAUGCUACUGAUGAGAACUUCUAUUCGAAGUUCAAUACCGGUUCCGUGUCGAUUCCGUGGCAGAAUGAGAUGAUCGAGACGGAGUGCUUCCGGGAGCUGAACGUAUUCGGUCAGGACGAAUGCCCGACGCCCGAUUUGCUCAUCAAUGCCCCACCGGUGGUGGAGAAGCCCGGUUGCUUCCCGUUCCGGAGGAAGAAAAAGCAAUCCGCGCGGGAAAAACCGAUCCCAUUCAACGAGAAGUUGCUUUCAUCUAGUCAAACCACGGUUACAGUCAGUCCGGCCGAGGACGAAAGCUGAUAGUGCAACAGUGAAAUAUGUCCAGCAACCGCAGCAACAAUAACAACAAAAGCAGAUUGACCCACCAAGUCCCCGUUGGUGAUUCGUGUACAUUUCUGAGAACUUUCUCGAAUCUAAUUAUGUUCGUCAUGAAAACUGGAAGAGAAAGGGUAAUGAGGACUUGCGAGGGUUGAGCAAGCUGAGUAAACUCCAAAGCACAAGUCUAGCAUUGUGCACAAAUUUUAACACGCAACAAAAGCACCACGGCAAACAACAAAGAACACACAAAAAUCAAAUCACUUCGUUUCGAACUUUUACGGUAGCGAACCAACCCUGAGACUACCCCUCGAAUCCGCGCUUUUUCUUCGUUUAUAGGAGGAAAAGGUGAAAUCGAAACACACAACCAUAGGAAUCCGUACAUGCAUAGACAGUUACUAACAGUUAAGCAGGAUAAAAGUUGAAACGAAUAAUUCGUGGAAACCAAGCGCACCGAAAGGAGUAAGUGAGGUGCUUGUUGAUAGGAGAUUUUUUUUCAAGGGUUGUUUUAUUAGGAACAUUUUAUUUCUCUAACCAGACGCACGAAAAGCACAAUAGCAGCAGCAGCAGCAGCAGUGAGGAUUUGUUAUUUAUUUUAACAAGAAUUUAGAAUAUGUUUUAACUAAUUAGUUUUGCGUUUUUCUGUACAUAAUCGUUUCUUAAUGCUAGUUGAAAUAAUUUCCUCCUGGGAUUUUCGUUCCUCUUUCCGCGCUCAAAGUGUUGUAGGUAGCAUUUUUUAUGUCUCAAAAAGCAAUGUGAUUUUUAUACUUUGAUUUUAGAAUCGGCAAGCGAUUGCACAUACACACAGACACGCGUGUGUGAUGAGAUUGGAAUGAGACGCAUAAUAAUUGUACAUUGCUAACAAUGUAUCCAAAAUAGAAUUAACAUUAAGCAAGUUGAAAGGAAAGGAUAAACCACUCAUGGAAGUUUUUGUAAGGGUUGAUGAAAGUUCCGAACAAAAACAGAGCAUAAACAAGCUUUUGAUCCUUCUUCCACCCGCCGGCGCGGGCAGGGAAGCAGAGAUGUGAUAGCAAGCGAAAAAUGAAGCUUACCUUUUUUGAAGCAAAUCAAGCUUUUAUAGAGAAAACUAAGUAACGCAACAGGAGCAACAACAACAAGACGAACGCCCGAUGGUACUACUCCUGAUUCGAAGAAACUAAAUAGGAUCGUUCUAAUUGUAGAGGAAAAUAAAAAGGGCGAAGCAUAAACGGUGCACAAAACGGUUGCAACCCAAUAUCCUAUAGGAACAAGUUAUAGGCCGUCGAGAAAUCAUGUAGAAAAUGACAAUUUCAGUCAUACAGCCAUAUACAUACUCAUUUGAGAAUAGAGAGCAGACAAUUAACGAAAGCACAAAACUUUUCCCGCUAUUAUCACACAUCUAGAUUUAAAUUGCACACACACACACUCACACAAACACGUAACUUUUGCAGAAGUUUUUGCAUUGCAUCUCAUUGUCAUUCGCACUCAGGAUCACUCAUUCACUUAUUCCUACGACCUACCCUUCAACUAAACCUGCACAGUAGAAAUGGAAUGCCACUUUGGAGGGGUAGCAGGAAAAGGCACUGAGAGUCAGUUUAGCUAACCUGCGGGUAGUUACCAAACCUUCUCAUGUGACAGAUUGAAAUAGUUGAUUUUGUGAUGGAAGUUUAGGGGUGCUACGGGUUAAUUUACCAGCUUUGCAUUAUCAUUAUUCAAAAUGUUCGAAUUCAUCCUCGAAUGCAGUGGACUCUUUAUGAAUCAUAGAUCCGGUUAAAAUCUCUCUUGAAGCAUAGUACACUCAAAAAAGUUCACACGUCCGAUCGAAGUGUUCAAACACUUGAUUUUUCAAAUGCACAAUCACACUUAUUUUAAGUGUAUUUCACCAUGAUUAAAUGUGUUAUACACGUUGAUUUCUAGAGUUUGAAGCUUUGAAAUAUUGAAAAACUUUCACUGUCAAUGCAAGUGUAUUACACAUUGAAUCACAGUACUGUUCAAAUGGAUUUGAAGUGUUUUGCAUUUCAAUGUGAAGUGAAUUGCUUGUUCUGCAAGGUGAACAUUGAAAAAAUGAGUUAUGACUUCAUCCUUAUCAACCAGCUUCAUUUAUGAGAACAGCCGUGACCCAGUGAGAUCGAACGAAGACAACGGCAGCAACACACCCCCAACAGUCCAGGAUCGAAUCC